UUUCCCCGGGGCCCUCGCUGGGCACGGGUCAGCUCGCGGGGGCCCUUGACCAUCUGGUGCGAAGGAUCUUCAAUGACGCUUCUUGACCUUUGCCUUUUCCCGAGAUCGGUUCAGCCUCCUCCUUCUCUCUUCCCUGGGCCGGGCCUUCCCCCGGCUCGGCCUCCUCCUUCCCUGGGCCAGUCCACCCCCCCUCGGCCUCCUCCUUCCCUGGGCUGGUCCACCCCCCUCCGCUCCCCCCCAGGGUCCAGAGCCGCCUAUGGACCCCGGGGUCCCACAUGUGCGUGAUCUGUUUUGUGAAGGCGCUGGUCCACGUGUUUAAGAUCUACCUGACGGCCAACUACAGCUAUGACUUCAAGAGCUGGCCCGUGGACUUCCGCUGGGACGAGAUCAACAGCAACAACAGCCGCCACCGCGCCCUGACCUGCGCGGCCGCCGCGGCCGGAGUGUGGCUACUCCGCUCGGGCUCGACCCUGCUGACGGGCCACAGCCGGGCCGGCCGGGGCCCACUCCUCUGCGGCCUGCACCAGAUCAAGGAGCUGCCGGGCCAGCUGGCCAGCUACAUCCUGGCCCACUCGUUCGGCCGCUGGCUCAUCUACCCGGGGUCCAUGUGUCUGAUGACCAAGGCGCUGCUGCCGCUGCUGCUGCAGGGCCAGGCCCGGCUGGUGGAGAAGUUCCAGGGCCGCCGGGCCAAGCUGGAGGCCUGUGAUGGCAACGAGAUAGACACCAUGUUUAUGGACCGGCGCGGGCAGCCGGGCCCUGACGGGAGGGGCCGGAAGCUGGUCAUCUGCUGCGAGGGCAACGCGGGCUUCUACGAAAUGGGCUGCCUGUGGGCCCCGCUGGAGGCCGGCUACUCCGUCCUGGGCUGGAACCACCCCGGCUUCGCGGGCAGCACCGGGGCGCCCUUCCCCCAGCAGGAUGCCAAUGCCAUGGACGUGGUCAUCAAAUACGCCCUGCACCGGCUGCGCUUCCCCAUCGGCCGCGUGGUGGUCUACGGCUGGUCCAUCGGCGGCUUCACCGCCACCUGGGCCGCCAUGACCUACCCGGACCUGGGCGCCCUGGUGCUGGACGCCACCUUCGACGACCUGGUGCCGCUGGCCCUGAAGGUCAUGCCCCGCAGCUGGAAGGGGCUGGUGGUGCGGACCGUCCGGCAGCACUUCAACCUCAACAUCGCCGACCAGCUGUGCCGGUACCCGGGCCCGGUCCUGCUCAUCCGCCGGACCCAGGACGACGUGGUCACCACCAAGGCCCCAGACGGCACCGGGUCGCCCAGCGAGGUGGAGGGCAAUCGGGGCAACCGGCUCCUUCUGCGGCUGCUGCAGCACCGCUACCCCAACGUCAUGGGCCCCGAGUCGGUGGGGGCGGUCGGCCGGUGGUUGGGCGCCGCCAGCUUGGCCCACGAGGAGGAAAUGUACAGGCGCUACCGAGUGGACGACGCCUGGUGCCUGGCCGUCCUGAAGGCCUACAGGGACCGGACCUGGCAGGACGGUGGCCCCGGCCGCUUUCCCUGGAGUGUCGGGGAGGCCUUGCCCCCCAAGAAACGUCGACAGCUUGCCCUGUUCCUGGCCCGCAAGCACCUGAAGAACGUGGAGGCGACUCACUGCUGUCCCUUGGAGCCAGAAGAGUUCCAGCUGCCCUGGACUCUAGACACGGGGAUAAAGACGGGGACCGAGGGACAGAGAUAGGGACCGUGGCCGAGAGAGAGAGAGAGAGAGAGAGAGAGAGAGGGACACAGACAGCCGGAGGGAACCAGAAGAAAAGAGCGGGACUUUCCCUCCUUUCCCAACGAAACCCGACCCACGGUGGUAGUGGUGGUUUUAUGGGUGGGCAUCAUUUGCGUGUGCCUACCCUUUGUCUAGUACGUGUCCCGUUUCCCCACCCACUCACCCACAACCCCAUACCCAGUUGGGGCUUCAGUAAAACUGCCACCGCAAGCACCAGGGCCUCGCCUGGAGUUUUC